AUGGGGGGUGGGAAUGUGGUGUGUUCAGCGUUUAAAUUCAAAUCGGGGCAGAUGAUAGUGGUGGCUCUGCUAUUGAUGGCCGGGUGCUUCUAUGCCGGAACUCUCUUAGGAAAUAAUGCUCCAAUUUAUGCAUCUCAACUUAGCAUCAGUUCUUCUUCAUCUCCUGGUACUUCGACAUUUACAAAUAAAGUUGCACUUACUUACAGAAAAACACCACUUUUGAUCCCAGAGACUGGUAUGGAUGUAUGCCCAUUGACUUAUAAUGAGUAUAUCCCUUGCCACGAUGUUUCUUACGUAAAAACUUUGCUUCCAAACUUGGACACUAGUAGAAAAGAAAAACUAGAGAGGCACUGCCCUCCAAUUGAAAAGCGAUUGUUCUGCUUGGUUCCCCCACCAAGAGAUUAUAAGAUACCAAUAAGAUGGCCUACCAGCAGGGACUAUGUGUGGCGAAGCAAUGUGAAUCAUACACAUCUUGCUGAAGUCAAAGGAGGACAAAAUUGGGUGCAUGAAAAGGAUCAACUCUGGUGGUUCCCUGGUGGUGGUACGCAUUUUAAACAUGGCGCAGCUGAGUACAUUCAAAGAUUGGGAGAUAUGAUAACAAAUGGAAAAGGUGAUCUAUGUUCUGCAGGGGUCACUCAAAUUUUGGAUGUUGGUUGUGGGGUUGCCAGCUUUUCUGCUUUUCUUCUUCCCUUGGAUAUACAAACAAUGUCCUUUGCUCCAAAGGACGGCCAUGAGAAUCAAAUUCAAUUUGCUUUAGAGCGAGGCAUUGGUGCAAUGAUUUCUGCUAUAGCAACAAAACAAAUGCCAUAUCCCACUGGCUCUUUUGAGAUGGUUCAUUGUUCUCGAUGUCGAGUUGAUUGGCAUGAAAAUGAUGGCAUUUUACUAAAAGAAAUGAAUCGCCUUUUGCGAUCUAAUGGAUACUUUGUCUAUUCAGCUCCACCUGCUUAUAAAACGACUAAAAACUAUCCAUUAAUUUGGGAGAAGCUAAUGAAUCUGACUUCAGCAAUGUGCUGGAAACUCAUUGCUCGAAAAGUUCAGACUGCAAUCUGGAUUAAACAAGAUGAUCUGUCAUGCCUCCAGCACAACUCUGAACAGAAGCUUAUAAAUUUAUGUGAUUCUGUGGAUGAUUCCAAGUCAUCAUGGAAUACACCACUGAAGAAUUGUAUACAAGUAAGGGGUGCACAAACAGAUUCUCCAAAACUCCCUUCUAGAUCUGAGCGCCUUUCGAUAUACACUGAGAGUCUUGGCAGAAUAGGUGUUACUCAAGAGGAAUUUACAUCAGAGACCAUCUUUUGGCAAGAUCAAGUUCGACAUUACUGGAGGUUGCUGAAUGUCAGUAAGACAGAAAUCCGAAAUGUCAUGGACAUGAAUGCUUUUUGUGGUGGAUUUGCUGUGGCCUUAAAUGCAUCGCCUACAUGGGUGAUGAAUAUAGUUCCUUCAAGCAUGAAGAAUACCUUGUCUGCCAUUUAUAAUCGUGGUCUGAUUGGUGCUUUCCAUGAUUGGUGUGAAGCAUUUUCCACUUAUCCACGCACCUAUGAUCUGUUACAUGCCAACCAUCUCUUCUCUCAUUACAAGAACCGCGGAGAAGGUUGCUUAUUGGAGGAUAUCCUUUUGGAGAUGGACAGGAUAAUAAGACCCCAGGGAUUUAUUGUCAUUAGAGACGACGAAACCAUUACAUCAAGGAUCCAGGAUCUUGCUCCAAAAUUUUUGUGGGAGGUUGAAUCACAUUUGCUGGAAAACAAAGAGAAGAAGACAGAAACUGUGUUAAUUUGUAGGAAGAAGUUUUGGGCAAUUGUCUGAACUGUACCGGCAUACAGAGCAUUGCGAAUAUAAGUUUUCUUUCGAAUAUGCAGAUAGCUUGUACCAUGAUACAUGUACUCCUGUAUCUUUGUAUGACUAAUGCCCUGGUAGAAUGAAAUCGGGUCUUUACCAUGUCAUGUCUUGAUGUAAUGUGUACAGCACAGUAUAACCAGUGAACAAAUUUUCCCUGCCUGA